UCGUGCCGACUAUAUAACGGUGGUGUGUGUGAUCCGCGGCUCGCAGUUCCGUCUUGUCCUCCAGGUGAACUCCACAGGUACCGACCGCGUGGGCGCGUGCACCAUGGGCGCCAACCUAGCCCUCGCCCGCCCGCUCUAGACGCAGACGAACUCUUGGGCAAAAAGCGCGCUUUUUGCCGGUGAUGUGCAGCCGGCGCAAAUGAUCUAACAUAUUUGAGCGCUUCGAGAUUAGCAGGAGGGUAGACGCAACAAGUCACGGUAUCUUCGCCCAUCGAGAGAUGUGCUGACCCCCAGCAUGGAUUAUGUCAGCUCGCUCUGCUGCCUGCUCGCCUUCCUGCUGUAUUACAACACGCUGGACGCCGGAUUCGUGUACGAUGACCGCCGCGCCAUCCUGAGCAACCCCGACCUCCUGCCGAAGACUCCAUGGACUCGCUUGCUCGAGAACGACUUCUGGGGAACCCCCCUCAACGACAGCGGCUCCCACGGCUCCUAUCGGCCGCUCUGCGUGCUCACCUUCCGCCUCAACUACCUUCUCGGCGGCUUCCAGCCCUGGGGCUACCACCUCGUCAACGUCCUCCUCCACUGCUUAGCCACAGUUCUCUUAGUCAAGCUCGCGCGUCAAGUUCUUCCGAAAUCCAAGUCUUCAGUGGGGCCAGCCAUCACCGGCCUCCUUUUCGCCGCCCACCCCAUCCACACCGAGGCGGUGGCAGGCGUGGUGGGCAGAGCCGACCUGGCGGCCUGCAACUUCUACUUGCUCUCGUUUCUGGCCUACGUUACGCAUACGAAACACAGAGACUCGCCCUGCUGCUAUCGGUGUUACUCGUACAAGACUACCAGUAAGGAGGACAAUAUGAAGCAACUAAGGGCCUUGAAGUACCAGAAGUUCGUGUAUAGUCUUCAGAAGAAUGUGACGAGUUGCAAUUGGCCGAAGAGGCUGGGACGGGAGGUGGUCCACAGUGAAUGUCGGGGGGUGGUCUUCCGGAUGAACGCCAAGGAGGAGAAGGAGACGUGUUGUUGGGGGAACAGCGUGAAGCAGUGGAUGUACUUGGGGUUGUGCGUGGUUUUGGCGUUGGCUGCCAUGCUGAGCAAGGAGACGGGGAUUACGGUGCUGGGGAUGUGUGUGGUGUAUGACUGCAUCUACAGCCCGACGCUGAAAAAGAAACAAUGGCGCAGCAUGUUCGUCCUGGGCGCCGCUUCCGUCAUCCUCCUAGCCAUCCGGCUGCAGUCCCCCGUCCCCCACUUCUCCACCGCCGACAACCCCACCGCCCGCGACCCGCGCCUCCUCGCCCGCCUGCUCACCUUCCUCUACCUGCCCGUCUUCAACUUCUGGCUGCUCCUGGCGCCCAGCACCCUCAGCUUCGACUGGGGCAUGGACGCCGUCCCCCGCGUGACCGCCCUCGGGGACGGCCGCAACGCCGCCAGCCUGUGCUUCUACGCCCUGCUGGCCGUCGCCGUGAAGAAGUGCGUCUCGUCGCUGCACCGCGGCGAGAAGAACACGUGCCACUGCUGCCACCUGGACCUGGCCGAGGCGCACUCGGCCAGCUGCCGCACCACGAACAACAACAACACGGCGACGACGUGCGGGUGCAAGAGGAGGACUUCGGUUUACAGUGUCGUUCUGUUGUCGCUGGCGCUUCUGACGCUGCCCUUUCUCCCGGCCACCAAUCUGCUGUUCUACGUGGGCUUCGUGGUGGCCGAGCGGGUCUUGUACCUGCCGAGUGCGGGACUGUGUUUGAUGCUGGGGUUCGGAGGGGCCGCUGUCUAUAGAAAGCAUCGCACGGCGUUUACGGUGGGGUUUAUUGGGGUUUUGCUGACGUUCAGUGCUAAAACGGUGGUGAGGAACAGGGACUGGAACAACGAGGAGGCGCUGUACAGGGCGGCGAUAAACGUCAACCCGCCCAAAGCGUACGGGAACUUGGGGAGCGUGCUGAGCAGCCAGGGACGAGCAGCCGAAGCCGAGUGGGCCUUCAGGAGGGCCCUGCAGUUCAGGCCCAACAUGGCCGACGUACACUACAACCUGGGUAUUCUGCUCCAGGCGAGACAGCGGUUGGACGAAGCCAUCGAGAGCUACCACCGCGCCAUCCAUUUUCGACCAUCGCUGGCACUGGCCUAUGUCAACUUGGGCGCCGCGCUGAUAUCUGCAGGCAGGUGUCAAGAAGCGGUGUCAGUGCUUAGACAAGGAUCUCGCCUCGACGGCACGGGUCUGAGGGACCGGCGCGAGCACGAAACUGCGAGGGUGUCGGCCCUCCUGCAGUUGGGAGCGCUGUACUCUGAGCAGGGGCGGCUGCAGAGGGCUCUGGCGGCCUACAGGGAGGCGGCGUACUCCCUUCCUGAGCAUUAUCCGCCACAGAGCGUGUUCAACGUGUUGGGGGAAACGCUCGCUCGCCUGCAGCAGGACGAGGAGGCGGAGAGGUGGUACCAAGCUGCUUUGAAUGCGCAACCAGACCACGUGCCUGCGCACAUUACCUACGGGAAGCUUUUAGCCAAAAAUGUGAGCCGAACGGCGGAAGCCGAACAGUGGUUUCGCAAGGCCCAGAGGUUGGCCCCCCAGGAGCCCAGCGUCUACCACCAUUACGGUGAGUUCCUGGCGUCGCGGCGACGCUACAAGGAGGCGGCGGUUAUGUACGAGAAGGCGGCGGAAUUGAGGCCGCACGACUACGAGCUGGCGGUGGCGGCGGCGACGGCGAUGCGGCAGGCGGGCCGACACCUGGAGGCGGAGAGGUGGUACAGGACGGCGGUGGAUCUCAAGCCUUCAGACGCUCGCAGCCACACGAACCUGGGGGCCAUUCUCCACCUCAACGGUAAAUACAGCGAAGCGGCCAGCAGCUACAAGGAAGCCCUGAGGCUGCAACCCGACGACAUCACCACCCUCACGAACCUCCACAAACUCCAUAGCGUGAUGACUUGACGCUGAUCGAAGCCUGAAGACGGUUCAUAAUCAACGAAACGAGGAUAUCUGUGCAACGUGUGCUUCUCCACGCCGACGUUUUGGGACCACCCCGUAUAGCGACACUCGGCAUCCACGAGACUCUGACAAUAUGAAUGACGAUCGAUAGUGAUAUUUUUGUUAAGAACUGUAUUUUUUCAGAACACUGAUAUCCUGUACAUAGGGUCCGGUUUGGGUUAAUUUUUCGUACGGAAAUGUUUACAUAUCUUUUUAUCAGUGUAAUGUCAUUUUGGAUUGGAUAAAGCUUCUAUUAUUCCUCGGAACUGUAAGCUUUCAAAUAUUAUUACCAUAUUGUUGGCUUUUAAUGGGUCGUAUUGUAAUUAAAAUCUGUAUUUAAUUAAAUUGUAAAAUAAAGCUUUAACUUAUUUUGUGUA